CCUUCUGGGUUUAUACUAAAAUAUAAGGAUGGUGAUGCAGACAUAAGCACAUAUUGACUGAUAGUGAGCUUAUAAUUGGAACGCGGCCUUGAGUGUGACUUGAUGGAUCGAUAAACUCUGAGAACUUUUUAAUAGUUUUCUAUGUUAUAAAGCUUUACAUAUCCAUAUAUUAGUCAAAAUCCUCCUCGUGCUCGCGAGGCGCCUGGGGGACUAAACUGGGGGCGAAAUAACCCUCCGUCUUCUCUCGUUAGCUUAAGUACACUAGCAAGUUUAGCUGUCAAAUAAAACUACUAGUUUUUCAUCGUGUUUUAUGAAAUACGUCGCCUGUGUCCCGACGUCCUGUUCUAUCUAGUUAAUUUCUCUGAAUUUUGACAGAGCCAUAUCCCGUAUCAGCCAGCAAGCGGUGACGCUCCGUGUCCUUCCCCGCGUCAGCCUGAGGAUGUUGCCGUCUGCAGCCGCUUCUGUCCGGGCUGCUGCGCGGCUGCUGCCCCGCCACUGCUGGAGCCCAGGCCGAGCGUGGUGCCCCUGCAGGAGUGUGUCUGUGACGGUUGGUGGUGUGAAACCCAAGACGGUCCCUCAUCGCUACCUUGGCCAGCCAAGCCCUUUCACCCACCCUCACCUCCUCAAGCAUGGUGAAGUGACUCCGGGCUUGACACAGACGGAAUUCGAGCUGCGCAGACACCGACUGGCCUGUCUGAUCGAGGAGCAGUCUGACCGGCUCGGACCCUCCAACCCCUCCAGAACCCAUGUGGCCAUUGUUCUGUCCCAUCCCACUCGCUACAUGACCAAUGACAUACCUUAUCCUUUCCACCAAAACCAGGACUUCCUCUAUCUCAGUGGCUUCCUGGAGCCCGACAGUGCCUUGGUUCUGUAUGGUAAAGGGCGACCAGACAAGUCCAUCUUGUUCGUCCCUCGCAGAGACCCGGGCCGAGAGCUGUGGGACGGACCCCGCUCCGGGAAAGACGGCGCCGCUGCUUUGACUGGCAUUGAGAGAGUUCACAGCACGGAGGAGCUGGGAGUCGUUCUGAAGAGCCUUCAAGGGACUGAGUUGUGGUACGACGGGUCCCAGCCGCCCCACCCUCGGCUCCACAGGUCAUACCUGCUUCCCCUGAUACAGAGUGGGGCGACCCCUCGCACCCUCAGGCCACUCAUACACUCUCUGCGGGCGUUUAAGAGCUCGGCGGAGGUGGCGCUCAUGCAGGAAGCCGGUCGUAUCACGGCACAGGCUUAUCGGAAGACGAUGGCGCUCUCACAUGGUGACGUGGAUGAAGCGGUCCUAUUUGCAACGUUUGACUUUGAAAGCCGUGUGGGCGGGGCAAACUUCCUGGCGUAUCAACCUGUGGUGGCCGGCGGGAAUCGAGCCAACACCCUCCAUUACGUCAGCAACAACCAGAUUGUGAAGGAUGGAGAGAUGGUCCUGCUCGAUGGUGGUUGUGAAUACUUUGGUUAUGUCAGUGACAUCACACGGACUUGGCCAGUCAAUGGAAAGUUCAGCCCGGUCCAGGCAGAGUUGUAUGAAGCCAUCCUGGAGGUCCAGUACGCCUGCUUAUCCCUGUGUACCCCUGGAGUCAGCCUUGACCACAUCUACAGCACCAUGCUGGCUCUUCUGGGACAGCAGCUCAAGCGACUGGGCGUGGUCAAAUCCGGCGCCAGUGAUGCUGACGUUCUGAAGGCUGCCAGACUCUACUGCCCCCAUCAUGCGGGUCAUUAUUUGGGCAUGGAUGUCCAUGACACUCCUGAGCUGUCGCGCUCUCAGCCUCUGCAGCCGGGGAUGGCCAUCACCAUCGAACCAGGUCUGUACAUCAAUGCAGACAACGGCCAGGCCCCCGAGCGAUUUCGAGGUAUGGGUGUGAGGAUCGAGGAUAACGUGCUGAUUCAGGACUCUGCCGCUCCGUUGAUUCUGUCAUCUGAUGUGCCGAAGACGGUGGCUGAAGUCGAGCAAGCCUGUGCGCAGAGAUAGCGCAGGUAGAGCGUCUCGGCGUAAGCAACACGUGAAGCAACACACUGCAGGGGGGCGACAACAGCACUGAUUUUAAUAAGAAAAAGCAAUGGAUUUCUAAAAUCAUGAGCGAAAACACUUUAAAAUGUCUGCUGUGGUGGAGUGGGAACUCAUUGUCCCUGAUACAAUCAAACACAAGCGAUGAGGUAAGAAUGAUGAACAGAUUUGUUUCAAUGAUUCAAGUUUCUAUGAGACUGAGGGAACAUUCCACCUUAAACUGUGUCACAGAGUCUUCCUCGCUCCUGUCUUCAGUGGAAUAAAUGUGUUCAACCAUUGGACUGUGCUGUAGGUUUCGGUCUUGGAGCUCCAUCCGUCACAGAGAGCCCCUUACUGACUGAGCGAGGAGCUGAACAUGUCACUGACGUGUGUCACACGCUUCCUCAAAACUAUUUCAAACUGGAUCUCAGCUGCAGCAUCUCGCCCAGAAGAGGAACACUGUUCUUGGAAGUAGUAACCAGAGUCCUCUGCUCCUUCAUAUCCCAGGAGCACACCUCCAACUGACCAGGGUCAAAACAUA